GAAAAGAGAAGGUUCCAUCGGAACAAUUAUUUAUUGCUAUUUCAGGAUACCUGGUCUCGUUUUUUUCACUUAAAAAAAAAACGUGUGGGGAUAAAUGACAAAAAGAUAUUGGAACAUAACUUUUGAAGAGAUGAUGGAAGCUGGAGUUCAUUUUGGCCAUGAUACUCGGAAAUGGAAUCCUCGAAUGGCACCUUUUAUAUCGGCAAAGCGUAAAGGUAUUCAUAUUACAAAUCUUACUCGAACUGCUCGUUUUUUAUCAGAAGUUUGUGAUUUGGUUUUUGAUGCAGCAAGCAUAGGAAAACAAUUCUUAAUUGUUGGUACAAAAAAAAAAGCAGCCUAUUCAGUAAGACGGGCUGCAAUAAGAGCUCGAUGUCAUUAUGUUAAUAAAAAAUGGCUCGGAGGUAUGUUAACGAAUUGGUAUACUACAGAAACGAGACUUCGUAAGUUCAGGGACUUGAGAACGGAGCAAAAGACAGGGAAACUGAACUCUCUUCCAAAAAGAGAUGCCGCUAUGUUCAAGAGACAAUUAUCUCAUUUGGAAACAUAUCUGGGUGGCAUAAAAUAUAUGACAGGGUUACCCGAUAUAGUAAUAAUCCUUGAUCAGCAAGAAGAAUAUACGGCUCUUCAAGAAUGUAUCACUUUGGGAAUUCCAACGAUUUGUUUAAUCGAUACAAAUUGUGACCCAGAUCUAGCAGAUAUUUCGAUUCCAGCUAAUGAUGAUGCUAUAGCUUCAAUCCGAUUAAUUCUUAACAAAUUAGUUUUUGCAAUUUGUGAGGGUCGUUCUAGCUAUAUACGAAAUUGAUUAAUAAUAAGAUAAAGAAAUUGUUAGAUUUGGUUGGGCGGUCGUAGAUUUAUGGAAUCGGUUAUUAUAGCAUUACAAAAUUGUGCAAAAAUAAAUAUUUUGUGAUUAGUAGGUAUUC